AUCUUUAGUAAUGCAAGUAUGCACUGAUUGCUAACCUCAUGAGUUUAUUUAUUUCCAAAGCUUGGUUUCCCUGUUGUAAAAUAGUUAACAUAGUAAACAUCGUUUAGUGUCCACAGGCUACCACAAAAAUCACUUGAGGUUUUUCUUUUUGUUUGUUUUGUUUUGUUUUGUUUGUCGAUUUUACUCACAAUGUGCUGGUGUGUUGUUCAGGUCCCUCAGCCAAAACUGCAUUUAAAUCACACCAGACCCUCAGCAUCUGUGCUCUUCCUCUGCUCUUUGACAUGCUCGAGUGUGGACCAGCAGACAACACAAAUGCCCCUCUGAUUCAGAGCUUGUCUGUGAGUUUAAGCAGAAAUAACGGUUAAGAAGAAUAAUUUGACUUCAAAUAUGGAUGCAUAACUAGUGAUGCUAGUAAUUUUGAGCUUGGUGUGUUUAACCCAUUCACUGUUCAUUGGGCAUCUCCACAUUCAGCACUGCAGGACUUGUCUGCCACUUUGCUUGAUAUCAGUGUUCACCUUUGCCAUGACUUACUCUGUGCAUAAAGCAGUGAGUCUGUCCUUGAGCUUUUCCACACAAACAGAGACGUGACUGAGCUGGACAACAGGAAAGCUGCCUGGUAGAGGAAGUAGAAAAGGGGCCAUUUCACCACCAGCCAUGACUACGGGAGCAGCAUUACGGAUUUAUGGAAGGAUCAGACUUUUCCAUGCUUGACACACGGGAUAUCCCAUUAGUCACUCUGAUUUUCCCAACUUCCUGCAGCACUGGGGAGGAAUAACAGUCAUCAUCAAAAAAAAAAAAAAAGACCAAAAAAAUAAAUAAAGACAAAGACGUGAGGCCUGGCAAAAACACAGGGCCUGGAUGGGAGAGGUCAGUGGGACGGCGUUCAUUAUUCCACCGGGCAGGAAACGCCUCUGUGAGGAGCGCCCGCUCUCUCGCUAAGCGCUCCCCGCACCUGGAGCAGAGUGGAGAUGAUGGGGAAACCCUCUGCAGGAGGUCACUCAAGGAUAGUCUCACCCCGCGGGUUAUCCAGACUACUCACCCAAUUAUCACUCUAAUGCAUCAAGCAGACACACUUAGGGGAAUAGCGGUUCAAUGAGGUUCAUACACUAUAUGACAUAGAGUCUAUGUGGAAUAGAGAUUCAAUGUUCAUGAAGUCCUCGAUGUGUUUGCAAAAUGAAGAGUUCUGAUUACUUUCGACUGGACAGCUCUAUAGUGAAACUGGGCAGGACACUGAAUCUUUGAAUCAUGGUAGGCCGGUGAGCCAAUACAAUCGGGAGCAUAAUUAGCUUGCCAUACAAUGACGCAGCUGUACGCCAAUUUAAAAAAGGACGCCAUCUUGUGGGUAGUAUAGGUAAUAUUCAAGAAAUGUCUAACGGCCAAUACUGCAUUAGUGCCAGAAGUGCCACUGAAAUCGACACUUUUACAUAACUGGCGCGCAAUUUAACACGCCAUUCUUCUCUUCUAUUUAAUAUAUUUAACUUCAGGAAAAAUACUUAAGGUAUUAAGUGAACUGAAAAACACAUGUCGGUGCCAACCGCUGAACAGCUCAUGGAACUGAAAACAUGCGUAGGUGGCCCAAAUGGAACGACAUUGGUUUUAUGACGCAGACGUAGGAGAACGCUGGUCUCCUUCAUCAUACCUAGACCUGUCAACGUUGAUGAGCUGACGACCUUCAUAUAUCAUUUAAUGUGUUAGAUUUCCAUGAUUUAGGACAGGUCAAAUAAAAGUUAAAUUCAACCUUUUUGAAGUAAAGAUAAUAAUAUAACCCUUCUCGCCAUAGAAAGCGACCCAUCAGCACGAUGGCGGAUGAAAUACGCAGGAUAGCCGCUUUGCUGGAGCAGUCACUGAGCGAAAAGGACCAGGACCUAAUUUCUUUCAUCAAGCAGAAGAACGCCACUGAGCUGAAGAAGGUGACUAGUUACACUCCGGAGAAGGUGGUCACCCGCAGUGACACGAAGCGCGUAUCACUGCCCCCCUCAGAUGACCAGGGAAAGAACUAUUGUGAGAGAAGACAGGCGCUUCUCAGUACAGGAUUCUUCUGCCCAGCGAACAGACCAUACAAAAGUGUUGGACUACUUCACACGGACAACAUUGACCUUUUCUCCUCCUGGCUAACCCCUGACGACCAGAGGUCUCUGAAGUCUCACUGGGAUAAGAAGUAUGGCAAGAAGCCAGGAAGCACACCAACCUCCAGCAAGUUCAAUCAGGAAAAGGUCAAAAAGGAUGAGAAUAUCCUGGUAGGUCCGGCUCAGGACACCCAGGUGGGGAAAGGCUUCCUGCAUCUGAGACAGUACCUCAGAGAGAUGGCCGCCAUCCAGGUCACCCUCAGGAAUGGACGCCCACUCAUCUUCUGUCUAUGGGAACAAGAUGGACACUCAAUGCACGGCAGGUCCUCUUGCAACAAGGUCACAUCAGAAGGGGAGACCUUGAAGCCGGUGUCUCUGUGUAUGAAUGAACAGCUGGACCCAGAGGAGGAGACCAUACGAGAGAGGGCGUUUGCCAGGAAACAGGAGAGUUUCUCAGAGCAGCUCCAGUGGAUCUAUAAGAUAUUGUGUGGGAUAUCACACAUGCGCAACAGAGACCUGAAGACACUGAGACCUGAAGACACUGGUAUGCAUUAA